UUCAUUGUUGGUCUGUUUGACUUAUAGUUAAGAAGUUAUUUUUCUUUCGGAACAAUUUAAUUAAAAUAUUCUUUAAAUUAUUUUAAAUUAUUUAGGAAAUUUUUAAUAAUGGCUACCAAUACUGGAGUAAAUAUAUUUCGCGAUAUUUUGAGGGACAGCCCAUGCCGAAUGGUUUAUAUUGCGGCUCAGCAAAACCUCGCUCAAACAGGUCGCCAUAAAACGGCUUCGCUGGUCCACAAACUGUCGACCCGUCCUGUCACAGCACCAAUAACGCCUUCGAGUUUGGCACGCGCUAUAAUCCAACAUCAAUUGAUGGACCCUGUUGAGAAUAAAGUCCGACCGGCAACUACUACCCAAAAAGUUAAACGUAGCCCGGACACAAAUCGAUUACAGAAAUUGUUGGAAUUGUCGCAGAGGAAGACUUCGCCUUGCAGAGAAAGUUCCAGCGGAAAACGGAAACAUGAUGACUCUAGUAGAGGCUCAAGAGAAUCAUCGAUCAACAGAAAUCCGCGGGGGCGAAAGUUGCCUGGAUGUGCCCCACCCAAGCAUCCUCAACCGACAAAUUCGGAAAGGAAGUCCCCUACGGAUAGCUCCUGCAAAAUUUGCAGCGAAUUGCACCAUCAACGUGAAUUUAUUCCAGCUAAUUGGCAAGAUCGUCUGAGUGCAGCCAUCGAGCCCCCAGAGGAAGACAUUAACAGUCGAAUUUCUAAAAUCCGAUCAGCUCGGUCACGACUCUUGGACGAGGAAAUAACGCAUCCAUUAACCCUGCAGGAGUCACUCUACCUCAUCAAUGAAGUUCACCAGCACGCACCGGCAAAUUCGUUUUUCGCAGAUUUUACUCCAUUGCACACGUCGGCCAUUAAAGGAACCGCUAGCAACCCCUUUAAUAGAAGGAAGAAACCCAAACAGAUAAAUUUCGAAGGCGGACGUAUAGUCGACCAAGAUUUUCGAAUAAUAACCCCUCGGAAGCCCAGCAGUCGAGUCAGUUUGAGGGCUGGCAGUAAACCGGUCAAAACUGCUACGACAAAACGUGCCGAUGGCCCUUUAAGGUUGGCAAUCCACUCUUCAAAUUUAAAUGAUAGAGCUACGGAGAGGAUUUUAAAAUUCUACAAUAAAAUGUAACAAAUUUACCGCUCCAAGUAACUAACGAUGAGCUUUUUUUUAAUGAGAUAUACUUUUUUAUGAUCCCAUUUCGUUCAUUUCAAAUUUAAGUAAACUAAUA